CGGCUGCAGACUGAUGGGAACUGGUGCCGGAAGCGUCGAGAACAGCGACCAGGCUGGGCCUACAGGGUAAUUCUACUAGAACAUCGAUCUGAACAGUAAAACUUGGAUCCUUUGAGGACUGUCUGAAUACUUCUAGCUCUGAAGAACAAGCAACACUGAUUUAAAAUGAAUGCAAUGCUGGAAACCCCCGAGCUACCAGCAGUGUUCGAUGGGGUGAAGCUGGCUGCAGUCGCUGCUGUUCUCUAUGUCAUCGUUCGCUGCCUGAAUCUAAAGAGCCCAACUGCCCCUCCUGAUCUCAUUUACCAGGACACUGCUCUGUCGCGCUUCCUGCUCAAAUCCUGCCCGCUUCUGACCAAAGAGUACAUUCCACCCAUGAUCUGGGGGAAGAGUGGACAUAUCCAGACGGCUCUCUAUGGGAAGAUGGGGAGAGUGAGAUCACCACAUCCUUAUGGACUUCGCAAGUACCUCACAAUGUCAGAUGGAGCGACAGCAACCUUUGACCUCUUUGAGCCCCUGGCUGAACACUGCAUUAGAGAGGAUGUCACAAUGGUCAUCUGCCCUGGAAUCGCUAAUCACAGCGAGAAGCAGUACAUCCGGACCUUUGUUGAUUAUGCCCAGAAAAAUGGUUAUAGGUGUGCUGUCUUGAAUCAUCUGGGAGCUCUGCCAAAUAUUGAGCUCACUUCUCCACGCAUGUUCACAUAUGGUUGCACCUGGGAAUUUGGAGCCAUGGUUAACUACAUCAAGAAGACCUUUCCUCAGACCCAGCUGGUUGUGGUGGGCUUCAGCCUGGGUGGAAACAUUGUGUGCAAGUACCUAGGAGAGACCCAGGCCAACCAAGAGAGAGUGCUGUGCUGCGUCAGUGUUUGCCAAGGGUACAGCGCGCUAAGGGCACAGGAAACCUUCAUGCAGUGGGAUCAGUGUCGGAGGUUUUAUAACUUCCUCAUGGCAGACAACAUGAAGAAAAUCAUCCUCUCUCACAGGCAAGUCCUGUUUGGAGAUAGCGUUAAGCAGCCCCAAACCCUGGUCGACUCAGACCUGAGCAGACUCUACACAGCAACAUCCCUCAUGCAGAUCGAUGACACCAUCAUGAGGAAGUUCCAUGGCUACAGUUCCCUGAAAGAAUAUUAUGAAAAGGAGAGUUGUCUGCAUUACUUACCAAAGAUUUAUGUUCCCCUCAUGCUGGUUAAUGCUGCUGAUGACCCUCUAGUACAUGACAGUCUGUUAUCGAUCCCAAGAGCUCUGUCAGAAAAACGGGAGAACGUCAUGUUUGUGCUACCACUACAUGGAGGUCACCUGGGCUUUUUUGAGGGGGCUGUACUCUUUCCUGAACCCCUCACUUGGAUGGAUAAGCUUGUGGUGCAGUACACCAAUGCCAUCUGCCAGUGGGAGAGGAAUAAGUCUCAGUGCUCAGAUACAGAGCAAGCAGCGUCUGGCCAGGAGUAA